GUCACUCCAGCUGUCGCUGAGCCCCUGCCGGGAUGGGUGGACAACAUGAACGGACCCACGGGUGUCCUCAUUGGCGCCGGCAAGGGCGUCAUCCGCUCCAUGAUCUGCAACGGCGAGCUGAAGUCCGAAGUCAUUCCCGUGGACAUCGCCAUCAACGGCUUGAUUCUGCUGCCGUACCACAACAGCCUGGCCGAGAAGAGACCGCUCCAGAUACCAGUGUACAACCUGACCGUGGACGACGCCAAGAAGCGCACCUGGAAGUGGAUAAUGGACGUGGGCCGCGACCUGGGCAUCAAGUACCCCUUCGAGGUGGGGCUCUGGUAUCCCGACGGCAACAUGACCUCCAGCAAAUUCUACCACACCAUCUGCACCAUCCUGUUCAUGUGGCUGCCGGCGUACCUCAUCGACUUCCUGCUCCUGGUCUUCGGACAGCGUCGCUUCAUGAUCCGGGUACAAACGAAGAUCGCCGUGGGCCUGGAGGUGCUGCAGUUCUUCACCACGCGGAGCUGGGACUUCAAGUCGACGCACUUUGAGCAGAUCUACAAGGAACUGGGCGAAACAGACCGAGUGAUAUUCAAGAUCAAUACCAACGAUGUGGACGACCAUGAGUACAUGAAGGUCAGCAUUUUGGGGGGCCGUCAGUAUGUUAUGAAGGAACCUUUGACGAGUUUGCCCAAGUCCCGCAUACAGUUGAGAUUCAUGUAUGUUUUGGACCGCAUUUGCAAAACCCUAAUCCUCUCAGGCCUUCUGUAUUGGACUUCUCACAAGUUGGGAGUAAUCGAUUUGGUCAGAAACGGAAUUCUGACCAGCAAAUGAAACUUCACUCUUUUUGGGAUAAGAUUCAAGUUUUUCGUACCUAAAUGUUCAAGUGCCUUUUAAAAGGUUUAUGUAAGUCAGUUCAAAAAUAUUCAGGUGUUUUGAAAUCGUUGGUUUGUUUCGACAAGCCGUGUUGUUUGUAAAAUAAACGAAGUUUUAAUAUCGCA